AUGACCAGCGUUACCGAAGUGAAGCGGGUCCAGCGUCCCUGCCUGCGCCCCGUCUCAGAGCUGGAGGGCAUCUACAGCCUGCGCGCCAGCGCCCGCGACGGCGGUCUGCCCGUGGACACCAUCGUGGCCUUCGCGGCGCGGGACGACGCAGCGCGCUACGCCACGCUGCUGGAGGCGACCAUGGAGCACGAGCCCACGGUUUACCCGCUGGCCUGGGGCGACCUGCAGGACUUCUGCUCCUCCUCGGGCUAUCGCUGCCGCCUGGAGGCGCCCGACUCCCUCCUCAUCCCGCCCGAGGUCAACGUCGGCGUGACCGACUGGGAGAAGAGCCUGCGCCUGCGCCAGGGCCAGUACGCCGUGCUGCCGGAUGAGCCCCGCGUGGGUGAGCCGCGGCAGCGCGGGGUCGCCGACGAGGACCUGGCCGGCCCCGGGGCGUGCCUGGAGGGCUUCUUCGUGCCGCCGCCGGAAUCGCCCGCGGCGGGGUACUACGUCCCCACCGAGGGCGAGCCCGGCGCGGCCGACUGGGGCGAGGGCCAGGACGCGCAGGGCCAGAGCGAGCUGCAACUCUUCCUGCGCCCCUACUGCCUGGCCGACCCGCGCAUCCUGGAGGCGAGCCGUGCGGCCCUGGAGGCGGCCUUUGCCCGCGAGCCCUGA